AUGAAUAUUCUUCGAAUCCAUUUUUUUACACACACACACACACACACAUUGAUUGAUUCAUUCAUGUGAAGAAAACUUGACAAUAACUUUAUUUUGUGUUAUCAACAUUAUAAUCUCGCUAAAUAUCAAAAAAAAGCGAUCAUCAUCAACAUCAACAACAACACACACACACACAUAUUGUCAUUGGUGUUGGGGUUUUUUUUUCUUGCUUGCUUUGCUAUCCACUGUGUGUCUCAGUCCUGUUUCUGUGUGUGUGUGUAUGCCAUAAUAGUGUGCUUGUUGGAUAUUGAGCUGUUGAUUUUGGUUAUUGAAUUCGAAUGUAUGACUUUUUUUUCUAAUAUUUUCAUUUUCUCAAUACAUCAAUCAUCAUCAUCUAAAUUAAAAUUAGUUAGUCUGUUUUUUUCUUACUCUCAUUUUGAUUUACAUCAUAUCAAUCAAUACUAAAUAAUAAGAACAAACAUAAACGAUAAAUAAUCAUCAGAAAAAUACGUUACCAUUACCCACCACCAUCAUCAGCAUCAUUAUUGCCAAUACAGUGCGACAAUUGUUUAAUUGUGUGUGUGUGUGUGUGUGUGAGUGAUUGAGAGAACAGACGCACCAAACAAUCGUAUAAAAUAAAACAAAAAAAAAAUUCUUUUGUUUAUAAUUUAUAAAUUCUGGCUGUUACAUGAACAUCAUCAUCGUAUAUAAACGUUGAAUUUUUUCUAUUCAUUCAAAAACAUGGAUUCAAUGGAUUCAUCGGCAAUGUUUUGUCCACCACAAGCUCAACCAACAUCAGCUUCGCCAGUGGUUGGUGUUGUAAAUCAAAUCAAUGGUACAGCCAAUAACCAUAUUACAAUGUUGAAUAAUACGGCAACAUCGAAUAAUACUGUUAAUCAAUAUGAAACAUUAACCAUUGAAAGUGCCAAUCAACUAUUGAAUUUUAAAGGUGUAUUCGAUAUACAACUUUUAGAACAGGUAGUUGAAUGUUUAUAUACAACUCAGGGUCAGCCACAAAAGAUUGCCCAAGAAAUUCUUACUACAUUCAAAGAACAUCCUGAUUCAUGGACACGUGUCGAUGGUAUCCUGGAAUAUGCAAAAAAUAAAGAGACAAAAUAUUUUGCUCUACAAGUGUUGGAAAAUUUAAUCAAAACAAGAUGGAAGAUAAUACCAGAAAAUCAAUGUGAAAAUAUUAAAAAAUUCAUUGUUGCAUUGAUCAUUAAAACAUCAACAAAUCCAAUAUCAAUGGAACAAGAUAAAGUUUAUUUGAAUAAAUUGAAUAUGAUAUUAGUACAGAUUUUGAAACAAGAUUGGCCAAAAAAAUGGCCUAAUUUUAUAUCGGAUAUUUGUGCUUCCAGUAAAAAAAGUGAAACAUUAUGUAUGAAUAAUAUGACCAUUCUGAAAUUAUUAAGUGAAGAGCUUUUCGAUUUUUCCACUGGCCAAUUAACACAAGCAAAAUCAAAACAUCUCAAAGAUACAAUGUGCCAGCAUUUUCGUGAAGUUUUUUCACUUUGUCAAUAUGUAUUAGAAGAUUCUCGAAAUGAAAAAUUAAUCUAUUGUACAUUGGAAACAUUAUUAAGGUUUCUUAAUUGGAUUCCUUUGGGCUAUAUUUUUGAAACUGGAUUGAUCAAUGCAUUAAUAUUUAAAUUUUUCCCGUAUGAUGUUUUCCGUAAUAUCACCCUCAAAUGUUUGACUGAGAUAGCCAAUAUUGGCGUGGAUUCAUAUGAUGAAGUAUAUUGUUCAAUGUUUGAAACAUUUAUGCUUCAAUUGAAUAAGAUUCUUCCUAAUCCCGAAGAUUUGAAAACUCUUUAUGAAACUGGUAUCGAAGAAAAUCAAAAUUUUGUUCAAAAUUUAGCCAUGUUUUUAUCAACAUUGUUGAAAAAACGUGGACAAUUGUUUGAAACUGAAGCUAUGCGUAAACAAUUAUUAAUGGCAGUCAUGUAUUUAAUCGUCAUAUCACAAGUGGAAGAUGUUGAAGUGUUUAAAAUCUGUCUUGAAUAUUGGGGUUCACUUACAGAGCAAUUGUAUAAAGAAUGUCCAUUAGAUGAUCGAGUUGUAGCAUCAUCAACUAUACCAAUGCGUCGUCUAAUCUAUGAAGAAAUGCUUAGCAAACUUCGUUACAUAAUGAUUGGUCGUAUGGCUAAACCGGAAGAAGUACUUGUUGUUGAAAAUGAACAAGGUGAAGUUGUUCGUGAAUUUAUGAAAGAUACAGAUUCAAUUCAAUUGUAUAACAAUAUGCGUGAAACAUUGGUCUAUUUGACACAUUUGAAUUCACAAGAUACGGAGAAUAUAAUGAAUGAAAAACUUAAAAAACAAGUUGAUGGUACUGAAUGGUCAUGGAAAAAUCUAAAUACACUGUGCUGGGCUAUCGGUUCAAUCUCUGGUGCUAUGUUAGAAGAAGAGGAAAGAAAAUUUCUAGUCACUGUCAUCAAAGAAUUAUUGGGCUUAUGUGAACAAAAACGUGGUAAAGAUAACAAAGCAAUCAUUGCUUCAAAUAUUAUGUAUGUGGUUGGACAAUAUCCACGAUUUCUUCGAGCAUAUUGGAAAUUCUUGAAAACAGUCGUUAAUAAAUUGUUUGAAUUUAUGCAUGAAACACACGAUGGUGUGCAAGAUAUGGCUUGUGAUACAUUUAUCAAAAUUGCUAAUAAAUGUCGACGACAUUUCAUCACAAUACAACCGGGAGAAGUACAGCCAUUUAUAGAUGAAAUAUUGGAAAAUAUGGCUACCGUUAUCAAUCAACUUGAACCACAUCAGAUUCAUACAUUUUAUGAAGCAGUGGGCUAUAUGAUUAGUGCACAAACUGAUGAAAAAAUUCAAGAAAAAUUGAUACAAAAUUAUAUGACACUACCAAAUCAAGUUUGGAAUGAUAUUAUUCGUAAAGCAGCAAUCAAUGUUGAUUUUCUCACUGAUCAUAUUGCGAUAAAACAAUUAGAUAAUAUUAUAAAAACAAAUUAUCAUGCUUGUAAAGCAUUGGGUCAUAAUUAUAUUCUACAAUUGAAAUUCAUCUAUAUGGACAUGUUAAGCCUGUAUAAAGUAAUGAGUCAACAUAUAUCGGCUGCCAUUGCUAAAAAUGGUGAAUCAGUAAUGAAACAACCAAUCAUACGUUCAAUGCGUGGUCUGAAAAAAGAAAUUCUUAAAUUAAUCAAUGAAUGGGUUUAUCAUUCGAAUGAUCAUAAAGUUGUUUUGCAAUCAUUUAUUCCAAAUCUUCUUGAUGCUAUUCUCCUUGAUUAUAAAGUGUGUGCAGUGCCUUCGGCUAGAGAACCUGAAGUUCUUUCAACAAUGUCGACUGUCAUUAAAAAAUUAACGGAUAAUAUUACGCCACAAAUUCCAGCUAUUUUUGAUGCCGUGUUUGAAUGUACAUUAGAAAUGAUAAACAAAGAUUUUGAAGAAUAUCCUGAACAUCGAACAAAUUUUUAUGUACUAUUGCAACAAGUUGUUACACAUUGUUUUGCUGCCCUACUCAACACAUUACCUAAUCAAUUUAAAUUGGUAUUAGAUUCAAUCAUAUGGGCAUUGAAACAUACAAUGCGUAAUGUUGCCGAUACUGGAUUGAAAAUUCUAUUGACAUUAAUGGAGAAUAUGAUACAACAACCAACAGAAAUGUGUAAUUGUUUCUAUCAAACAUAUUAUACCGAUAUUAUGCAACAUAUGUUUUCGGUUGUCACGGAUACAUCACAUUCGGCAGGAUUAACAAUGCAGGCACGAAUUUUAGCCUUUAUGUUUGAAAUUGUAGACAUGAACAAAAUAACCGCACCACUUAAUCCGGCCAUUCAGAAUGGUGUUGCCACAGCUGCUGGUGGUGGUGGUGGUGGUAACCCACAACAAUAUGAUAAUGUUAAAUUUGUCAAAGAUUUUGUAUCAAGUCUUUUGAAAAGUGCUUUUAGCCAUCUAAACGAUGCUCAAAUUCAGGUGACUGUGCAAGGAUUUUUCAAUCUUAAUCAUGAUGUUGUAGCAUUUAAAGAACAUUUACGUGAUUUUCUUGUUCAAAUUCGGGAAUUUUCUGGUGAAGGUGAUAGUGAUCUUUUCUUAGAAGAACGAUUAGGCGAAUUGCAGAAAAAAGAAGAGGAAAAACGACAACGACAAUUAUCCGUACCUGGUAUUAUCAAUCCAUAUGAUCUACCUGAUGCAAUGGAUGAUAAUUAAUUAAUUGGAAACGAAAAAAAAACAUAUAAAUUGAUCGAUCAACGAAUCAUUAAAUUAUUGGUGGUUAUGGUUGUCAAGGAUGAACAAUUUAAUCUUUAUGACAAAUUUGAAAAAAACCCAAAAUAGGAAUCAAUAAUUUCUUUUCAUCGGUGACACCAAAAAAAAUUGAUUGAUUUUGUCAUCAUAUUUAUCAACAUUUUUCAACCAGCUGCUUCUUUUCUGAUGAUCCAAAUCUGUUUUGUUCUGGUCAAGCUUGGCUUUCUUGACCAAUUGAAAAAUUUUUCAUCCAGCCAAUUCGAUUAACAUCAUCAACACAUACAUACCCUACUAUUCUAUUUUUCUCCUCAUCCUCCUAUCUCACAAGGAAUUUGAAUAAUGUGCUUGUGUGUGUGUGUUUGUGUAUGUUCGGGUUUUUUUUCAUCUCAUCAUUUUUGUUCUUUUUUUUAAAAAUUUUUGUUUCAUUAUUUUUAUCCCAUUACACACACACACACAUAAUACAUACAUUGUACUAUUAUCUUAUUAUUACUACUACUAAUCUCUUUAUUAUUAUCACACAUACAUACAAUCUUCAACAACAGUAACAACUAUGUAAUUCGUACGUUUUUUUCUAUCUUUACACAUUAUUUUAAUCGUCAACAAAAACAAAACAAAAAAACAAACGAAAAAAAAAAUAAUU